AUGUCUGAACCUGCUGCGACACCACCUCCGGAUACCCCUCUGCCUGCUUCCCCGUCUCCCCCACCGCUCGAUGAUGUCGCGGUACCUAUACCGGGCACAUCUGCUCCGGCGGAUGUCAAUGCCACACCGGCCGCUGGCGACUCUGCCGGCGACGUUGAACGUCCUCAUACACCACCUGCCAAAAAUAAUGCUCCUGUACUAUUCAAUACUCCGGCAUCCCUCCCAUCCGAACGACCGCUGUCCUGUACGCGGAAAUUUCAGAGCCAGACUCUCCCCAUCAGCACGCUACGGACAGAAGCCGGAAGUGAGGCCUCAAGGCUACGGGUUGGACCUGUUUCCAUGACCGACUUCUUGCGCAUUACGUUUCAACGUCAAUUCGAGAAUGUGGUCGAGAAUGCCUCGCAGGCAAUAUCCCCGAACGCUCAGAUCGGUGUCUCAGCGAAGUUGCAGAGCGUGCCGACGGGGGACGGGGUCGAACUUGAGAUGUAUGAACCCCUAAAGGAAGCGCUGAAUAAGAUGUGCUCGUCUCUUUGGACAGAGAACCCUCCCAUCGAAUUUGAGGUCGUCAAUCACUCCCAAGACACCAAGGAUCCUGGGACGCCAGACCUGGUUGUUCUCUCGAAGGGGAAGGACAGCUCUUGGCCAUCGCCGGCCUCGCUGCUUUUUGUGCGGGAUUGGGAUCUUUGGCAAUCGUGCUAG